GCUGCUGCUUCCUGUGCCAGUCUUUUACCAGUCGCCAUGCUGCUCGCCCGGGUCCUGCGUUUCUCGGCCGGCGCCGCGCUUCGGCCUUUCCAAAUGCAGCCUGCGGCCACGAGCCUGACUCGCUUGCUUCCCGGGCCCAGCACCGCCGCCGCCCGGCCCUUCACCCGAUCGCUGUGGCAACUCCAGGAGCGUAGGCCCCGAGGAGGAGGAGGCCUCAGGAGCGCGCCCUCCAUCAACUGCGCAUGCGCGGGACUCCACACCGAAGGUGACAAAGCUUUUGCGGAGUUUCUGAUGGACGAAAUCAAGGAGGAGAAGAAGAUCCAGAAGCACAAAUCCCUGCCCAAAAUGUCCGGAGGCUGGGAGCUGGACAUUCAAGGCACUGAAGCCAAACUGGCACGGAAAGUGGCUGGCGAGACGAUCACAGUUUCCUUCAACAUCAACAACAGCAUCCCGCCGAGUUUCGAUGAGGCUCCAGAAGGACAGAAGCCGGACGAGCAAGAACCGGAUCUCACGUCGACCCCGAACUUUGUUGUGGAAGUCACCAAAGAUGACACCAAGCAGACCUUGGUGCUGGACUGCCAUUACCCUGAGGAUGAGGUUGGCCACGGAGAGGCAGAGGAGGAGGAGAGUGACAUCUUCUCCAUCCGGGAGGUCAGCUUCCAGCCCACCGGAGAGUCGGAAUGGCGGGAGAACAGCUACACCCUCAACACAGAUUCGCUGGACUGGGCACUGUAUGACCACCUGAUGGACUUCCUGGCCGACCGAGGGGUGGACAACACCUUUGCGGACGAACUGGUGGACCUCAGCACGGCGCUGGAGCACCAGGAAUACAUCCGCUUCCUGGAAGAGCUCAAGCGCUUUGUCAAGUGCCAGUAGCCCCCCCGAAGAAGGGCCAAAGUCAAAGGUGGGGGCUUGGGGGGGGGUUGCAAAGCGACCCGGGAAGUAAACAGAGAAAACAGGGUCCGAGAGUCACUGUUGGGACUUGAAGACUGGUCCUGGUUGGAGAACAUGUACUUUGGCACUCUGUGGACCCAACUCACCCAGGACUGAGUUUGUUGGGGGGUCUUUUUUUGUACACUAAGACGGAAGGGAAAUAAUGUUGGAAUAAAAACGAUUGAAGACUGA